AUGGAAUCACUUGCACUCUCAGGAAGAAUGGCACGACGACAGAUCCUGUUGUUUGAGUAUGACAUCGCGUAUAUGAGCCAAAAGUCAAUAAAAAGAAGUGCGAUAGCUGACUUCUUGGCAAGUCAAGCAAUGGAAGAAUAUGAUCCUUUGAGAUUUGAUUUCCCGGAUGGAGACUUGAUGUGCAUUUCCGAAGAAGAGGGUGAACCAUCAAAAGAAAAACCAUGGAAGAUGAGUUUUGAUGGUGCAUCAAACGUAUUGGGGCUUGGGAUAGAAGCAGUCUUAGUGUCACUGGAAUGGAACCAUUACCCACUCACUGCCAGAUUGAAUUUCUUCUGUACAAAUAAUAUAGUGCAAUAUGAAGCUUGUAUAAUGGAACUUCGUGCAGCUAUUGAACGAAAAAUGAGAAUCUUAGAGGUGUACAGGGAUUCAAUAUUGGUGAUUUAUCAAAUUCGUGGAGAUUGGGAAGUGAUAGAUUCAAAAUUAGUCAAAUAUCUCAAUUUCAUUGCGGAACUAGUCAAAGAAUUCAAAGAAGUGACUUUCAACUACUUCCCACGAGAAGAAAACAAAUUGGCAGACGCCCUGACCAUCUUAGCUUCAAUGUUCAAAGCAAACAGGGAAAAUGAGAUAAUGCCUCUCAAAAUUAGCAUAUAUGAGGUCCCCGCACAUUGUUUUAGUAUUGAGAAUGAGUCAGAUGGACGACCAUGGUUCCAUGAUAUCUUGGAGUAUAUCAAGAAUCAAAAGUAUCCUGAGCAAGCAAAUGAGAAUGACAAAAGAACAAUUAGGAGAAUGGCGGUUGGAUUUGUUCUUAAUAGGGAUAUCCUAUACAAAAGAGGAAAAGAUCAAAUGCUCCUAAGAUCCGUAGAUGCUGUUGAAGCUAGAAGAAUACUUGAAGAUGUCCAUGAAGGAAUUUGUGGAACGUAUGCCAAUGGUUUCAUUAUGACUAGGCAGAUUAUGAAACUUGGUUACUAUUGGCUGACGAUGGAAAGGGAUUGCAUUAGUUACACACGGAAGUGUCACAAGUGUCAAAUUUACGGCGAUAAAAUUCACGCAGCUCCUUUGCCCCUUCAUGUCAUGACUUCUUCGUGGCCUUUUUCUAUGUGA